UGGCCGCUCGUGAGGCCUCUGUGGAUCGUCCACGCCCCACCUCCCAGAGCGGACACCUUUUCCCGCGCGAGCUGGCUCUAGUAGUCAGGUCGACCAGGGGGAAACAUGGCCUCUGCCCUGGAGCAAUUCGUGAACAGUGUCCGGCAGCUCUCCGCUCAAGGGCAAAUGACUCAGCUUUGUGAACUGAUCAACAAGAGCGGGGAACUGCUUGCAAAGAACUUAUCCCAUCUGGACACUGUGCUUGGGGCUCUGGAUGUACAGGAGCACUCCUUGGGCGUCCUUGCUGUUUUAUUUGUGAAGUUUUCUAUGCCCAGUGUUCCUGACUUCGAAACAUUAUUCUCACAGGUUCAGCUUUUUAUCAGUACUUGUAAUGGGGAGCACAUUCGAUAUGCAACAGACACUUUUGCUGGGCUUUGCCAUCAGCUAACAAAUGCCCUUAUGGAAAGAAAACAGCCCCUGCGAGGCAUUGGCAUCCUUAAGCAAGCCAUAGACAAGAUGCAGAUGAAUACAAACCAGCUGACCUCAAUACACGCUGACCUCUGCCAGCUUUGUUUGCUGGCAAAAUGCUUUAAGCCUGCCCUUCCAUAUCUGGAUGUGGACAUGAUGGAUAUUUGUAAAGAGAAUGGCGCCUACGAUGCAAAGCACUUUUUAUGUUACUAUUAUUAUGGAGGGAUGAUCUAUACUGGGCUGAAGAACUUUGAAAGAGCACUCUACUUUUAUGAACAGGCUAUAACUACUCCUGCUAUGGCCGUCAGUCAUAUCAUGUUGGAAUCAUAUAAAAAGUAUAUUCUAGUUUCUUUGAUAUUACUUGGAAAAGUACAACAGCUACCAAAAUACACAUCUCAAAUUGUGGGUAGAUUCAUUAAGCCACUUAGCAAUGCCUACCAUGAGUUAGCACAAGUUUAUUCAACCAAUAAUCCCUCAGAACUUCGCAACCUGGUAAAUAAGCACAGCGAAACUUUUACUCGUGAUAACAACAUGGGACUGGUGAAGCAGUGCCUGUCCUCGCUCUACAAGAAGAAUAUUCAAAGGCUAACCAAGACCUUUUUAACUCUAUCGUUACAAGAUAUGGCAAGUCGGGUACAAUUAUCUGGACCACAGGAGGCAGAAAAAUAUGUGCUACACAUGAUAGAAGAUGGUGAGAUUUUCGCCAGCAUUAACCAGAAGGAUGGCAUGGUCAGCUUCCAUGAUAACCCUGAGAAGUACAAUAACCCAGCCAUGCUCCACAACAUCGACCAGGAGAUGCUGAAGUGCAUAGAGCUGGACGAGCGGCUGAAGGCCAUGGACCAGGAGAUCACUGUGAACCCCCAGUUUGUGCAAAAGAGCAUGGGAUCACAAGAAGAUGAUUCUGGUAACAAACCAUCCAGUUAUUCUUGAAACAAGUGGCCAUCCUGAUUGAAGUGAGAGAAGCGCUCACCUUGUCUGGUACCAAGUGUUAGGAGGGCAGCAGGCAGGACCAAACCUGUUUCACCUGGACAGAAGGGAAUUCCAGUUUGUGUUGGCUUCUUCAGUCCUGUGUGCUUUCAGAAAACCAUUCUCUCUGCGAAGGAAAAAUAUAUAUAUUAAACUUUAAAGUCUGUUGUGGAUUUAUUUAUCCUCAGAUUAAUGUUGUUACUGCAUUAAAUCUACCUUUUUGUUUUAAAGUACUCGAA